GCAUGACUGCUCAUUCUUCAUCAUAAUUUUUCCUGCCACGAAUCCCUUCCCCUCUUUCAAUUCCUUUCUUCCCCAAAAUCCCAAAUCUCAAAAUUGCCUCUUUCACGAUUCUAAUCGCUUCUUCGAUCCUUUCUUUUCAUCGAUUCACCACAAAAAUUUCGCAAAUUUUUUCAAUUUCUCGAUUCAAUUUUCCAUUUUUGUUUCUUUAUUCUCAUCCCCCGAACCGAUCGAUCCGUGAUUUUUAUGUGAUUUGAAUUAUAUCAUAAUCAUUAUCAUCAUUUAGGGUUGCUAAAUUCAACUGACGCAUUUGGAUUUGGUAGAUUUUCUUCUAAGUAGGGUUUUGAUUUAUUCGAUCGAUUUGGGAACAAAAAAUAAUUAUAUAUUAUGGAAUCGAGUCGAAGAGCUGUGGAAUCGUAUUGGAGGUCGCGGUUAAUCGAUUCAGCUACCUCGGAUGAAGAUAAAGUUACUCCCGUUUACAAAUUGGAAGAGAUUUGCGAGCUUUUGCGUUCUUCACAUGUUACUAUUGUCAAAGAGGUUUCAGACUUUGUCUUGAAACGUUUGGAUCACAAGAGUCCAAUUGUAAAACAGAAGGCUUUAAGAUUGAUAAAAUAUGUGGUUGGAAAGUCUGGUGCCGAGUUCAGAAGGGAAAUGCAGAGACAUUCGGUGGCAAUUCGCCAAUUAUUGCACUACAAGGGACAGUUGGAUCCCUUGAAAGGUGAUGCACUAAAUAAGGCUGUGCGGGACACUGCUCAAGAGGCUGUCUCUUCGAUCUUCUCAGAAGAUAAUAACAGUAAUUAUAAGCCCGCCGCACCUUCUCAAGAUCUUAACAGGCGGAUACAAGGUUUUGGGAAUACAAACUAUGAAGCGCCAUCUGAAGAUAAGAAGUCUUUUAUUAGUGAGGUAGUUGGUAUUGGAAGUGCGUCAAUUAAGCAAGGACUUCAUAACUUAACACAAGGACAUUCAUUAAUGAAGAAUGAAACUGGAAGCUACAAAAGUCCAAUUCAAAGGUCGUUGACCAUCGAAUUGGAACAUGGCGACAGAUAUGUACCUGUUGCAUACCGUAGUGAAACUCAAAGUAGUUUUGAACUUCCUAAGAAUCAAUCUAGUGGUACUUGGAAUCAGGAUUCCAGAGUAGCUAAGAUGGAAAUUUCAAAUGGUGAAUCCAGUGGAAAUUAUUCAGAGAAUAAGACUAGAGAGGAUAGGUUGCUGGAGACAAUUGUAACUUCAGGAGGCGUUCGACUACAACCCUCUCGAGAUGCCAUUCAAGCUUUUCUAACAGAGGCUGCAAAGUUGGAUUCCCUGGCUUUAAGUCAUGCCCUUGAACUAAAGCUCCAAUCUCCUAUUUGGCAGGUGCGCAUGAAAGCUGUUUGUGUUCUUGAAUCCAUCCUCAGAAAGAAGGAUGAUGAACAUUUUUCAUUUGUGGCAUCUUACUUCGCUGAAAAUAAUGAUGUUGUGCUGAUAUGUUCAGAAUCUCCUCAAGCAUCUUUGAGGGAAAAGGCUAUAAAGGUUCUUGGUCUUCUUGAUGGAGGCCAGCCGAACAGUUCUGCUAUUAAUUCAGAGAAAGCUGUAAAGACAGAGAGUGCUACUGUCGUUGAAUUGCCUAACUUGAUAGACACUGGUGAUUCAAAUGAUAACAACAUAAUGGACAACACAACAAAGAGUACAAAUGAACUAAAUUUAGGGAAUUUGACACCAUCCACACCUCUGGUUGAUGAUUUAUUUGGAGAUAUAAGUGGCUCUAUCGGGACUAGUCAUCAUGAACUGAAAAAUGACGAUGACCCAUUUGCGGAUGUAUCAUUUCACACAAGCGAGGGCAAAGAACAGGCAGAUGAUCUAUUUUCAGGGAUGACAGUUGGCGAUGAUAAACAGGAUGAUCAUGAGAGUCACAAACAGGGGAUUCAAAGUGAUCUUCAACUUUUCGACAUUUUUGCUUCCAGCUCCAAGCAAGGAAACCAUAACGAGUCCGUUGGUGAUUUAAUGGGUGGUUUGUCAAUCGAUGAAAAUAUCUCAACUACAAAGCAAAAGGGAACAUCUUCUGCUGUGCAAUCUGAAACUUUAUUUUCAGGUUUAAACAGCCAUACACCUGACAAUACUCUCGGCGGCAUGUUGGGCUCUCAGCCAGUUGGGUUCAAUGUAAACCCUGUGUUUCCCACGGGUCAUCUGCCUUACAUGCAGCCCGGUAUUAUGUUGAACCAACCGUAUCCUUCGCAGCCUCUUAACUAUGGAGCCAUGGGAACUCUCCUCGCUCAGCAGCAAUUCUUAGCAACAAUGGCUAAUUUCCAACACCUUAGUAAUGUCAACAUGCGAGAUGAUGCCGUUUCUCAAAUGGUUGGACCUAAUGGAAAUUCACCUUUGCCAGACAUAUUUCAACCAAGUUUUGCACCUCAAACUCCCAGCUCAAUGAUCAACAAUCCAAAGAAAGAAGAUACUAAAGCAUUUGAUUUUAUCUCAGACCAUCUUGCUUCGGCUCGGGAUUCAAGGAGAGUGAUUUGAAAAUUUAGAUUUGGUGCUUUUGUGGAGGAUAUUUAAGGUUUUGUAGUGUUGGAUUUACAUUAAUACAUCAAAUGUUUUAUAGAUGAUAUUCUUCAUGUCCAUGUCAACAACAACAUAAUAGAAUAAAAUGAGAAACAUUUUGGACAUGGAAGAAGAGGUUCAAAAUGGUUGCAAUUCUCUACAUGUUUUUUUGGAUAGCAUUUAACUGGAUAAUGUGUGAUGUUUUUAUUUUCUCGAGUAUUUUGUGUACUUAGUUUAUUGUUGAGAUUUUGCUACUGCAAUUCAUGCUCUAUGAAAAAUAACUGUCACAUGAUCUGGUGAGUUGAUAGAA